CUUUCUACUUGAGCGAGUUUCACGACCAAUGGUCAGACUCUUGGGCCAGGAAGCAAACUUUCGAUAGAACGAUAGAACCGUAUCAUAGUACAUUAAGUCAGGUCAAUAACAGGGUUGACCGAAACAAUUCUACCAUUGAAAAUGAUUUGAACAAGCCUAUUUGAACAUUUUUUUUACUACGUUAUAUGGCAUUGAUACAUCAACAAUGAAGCCUAAGAUUGUUUGUUUAGUGGCUCAGUUGAUUUUAUGAGCAAUUUAAUAUUGAGGACGGAUCGGGAAAUGAACUCUAGAUGAAAGUUUAGAUUCCGUAACUUUUUGUAUUAAAUCUAAAGUUAAAAGAAUUAUGUAAUGGUAUUACAUUUGCAAAAAUGAUUGAAAUGAUAAAACAAAUUUGAAAAUUACUCAAUAAUCCUUCUUUGGCUUGGCCUUAUAACCACCCAAAUGAUAAUUUUCUUUGAUUUUCUGCUUCCAAUCCAUAAAUAUCAUAAGGUUAGUUCCUGCUUUACACGAAAUACGGUUUAUUUUUGGCACUUCAGAGGGUGCCUUGUGAGCUAGCCUCCUCAAUAUUUGAGCCCUUUUUGACUGACUAUCUCAAAAGUUUUUGUAUAAUAGGCAGGGGACAAGAAAAUAGCUGAUCCUCUUGGGCAGAAUAUCAUCUUUAUUAUCUCAAAGUGGCUCAAAAUUUUAUCCAUUUUCGUCAAAAAAGACAAAUAUUUUACGGAUAGAAACAUUCAAACCUCUUAUUUAUCCAUUUAUAGUCAAAUAAGUUCAGAUGUGUGUUCAAAUGGCAGUAAACAUUGGUCAGAAGUCACGAAUUAAAGAUAAGAAUGUGAAAGUGAUGGUAAAGAUAAUUGACCAAAUUAACUUUUAAAUCAAUGAUAUGUUUUGCUUGUCCUUAUAAAAUCAUCAAUGGGCCUGCUGGGAACUUUGCAUGCCACUAGGUUUGAAGCUAAACUUAGAAUAUACAACUUAACAAUGCUGAGGGAAAGCAUAUUAGAAUAUAAGUUUUUAAACAUGUCGAAAAAGAUAGCAAACUUUCAUUCAAAUAGCUUUGUCCGUUUUAUAUUGCACUAUUGUAAAAAAAUAUCAAAAAUUCUUUGCUUAAUGUUUCAAUGUCACAUGAAUUGAGUUUUCAACAGUUUGAACUAACCCUUUAUUUAUGAAGCCUUUCAUAAACAAUUGCUAGUUAAUCUGAGCUAAAAUCGACCUUUUGCAUUUGUGAAGAAUCAGUGGUUUCUUGUUUUUGCCUGGCAUGGAGGAGACAGUGAGAAUUGGUGGGUAGAGUCCGUUCAUGUGUAACAUUUUCCAAAUAUUUACUCUAAAAUAUUACAUAAAUUUCGGAAAGGGUAAAAAUAUUGUUGUUGUUAUUUCCAAAAGAUCAAAUAGUUUGCAGAAAAUAUUCUCUCUGGGCCGUCUGACAUUAGAAAUAAAGGUCCCUAUUAAACACAAUCUGUUUAAUGACCACAAUAAGAAUUUGGACGAUUUAAAGGACUCACCCUGUUUGUAGGUGAAAUAUUCUUCCACUUGCCACGUGUAUGUCUUGGUCUUUAUGAUGGCAAUCACGACGCUAUUGGGCUUUCUUUUGCUCAUACGAGAAUUAUCAAUGUCGCAAAAUGGUGCGCUUCGAGCCCCAAAAGCGACAUUUUUACGUUGCGAUAGUGGCUGUGCUUGCUAGCUUGUUCAAUUUGAACGUGGAUCCAAAGUCAUUUUCGCAUGAGGAAAGCGGCGUUUUAUCCCGCAGAAAAGGAGAUAUAUUCAAAUAUAUCACAGACAUCAAAGAUAUUCCAGAGUGGUUUCCAGUCUUCAGGAAUGUCUAUGAAUUGGAUUCCAAGGUGCUGAGGGUGGGAAAACGCUACAAAGGCGAGGUGAAACUGGCUCAAGGAUACUCUUACACCAUGGACUUUGAGGUCAAAGAAUUAGUCCGUGGUUCAAAAGUGGUGAUCAGCUCUGAAAACCUCUUCAAACCCGUUAUGACCGCCCAAGUGUCUACGAGCAAAAAUGGGAAGAGCACCCUGAGUUUCAGCUGCUACUACGAUCGGCCCUCAGCCCUUUUCCAAUACACCCUUGGGCCCAUUUUGAAGUUCCUUACGAUGCAACACAUGAGACACUCGCUCUUCGUGCUCCACUGGUUGUUGCCUCCAUCCGUCUCAAACGGCCCGGACAGUUCGACCUUUGCCUCUUAGAUAUCCAAUAAUGUCACAUUCUUUGCUUUUCGAUUUUCUCGAAUUGUUAUGGACGAAUAAACUAGUUCGAUCUCAUCAA